AUGACCAAUGACCUGCAAGCCCAGCCGGACGGGGAGGCGCUGCCCGGUGCCCUGGAGAAGGAUGAGGCGCGCUCGGGAGCCAGCACGCCGUCCACGCCGUCCGUCUGCUCCCCGCCGUCCUCGGCGUCCUCCUCCCUCCCGUCGGGGGCCAAGAACAUCUGCUCCAGUUGCGGCCUGGAGAUCUUGGACCGGUACCUGCUCAAGGUGAACAACCUCACCUGGCACGUCCGCUGCCUCGAAUGCUCCGUGUGCCGAACCUCUCUUCGCCAGCAGAACAGCUGCUACGUGAAGAACAAAGAGAUCUUCUGCAAGAUGGACUACUUCAGUCGGUUUGGUACAAAAUGUGCCCGUUGCGGCAGACAGAUCUAUGCCAGUGACUGGGUUAGGAGGGCUCGUGGCAAUGCCUAUCACCUUGCCUGCUUUGCUUGCUUUUCCUGCAAAAGGCAGCUAUCGACUGGAGAGGAGUUUGGACUGGUGGAAGAGAAAGUCCUGUGCCGGAUUCACUACGAUACCAUGAUAGAGAACCUGAAACGUGCAGCGGAGAAUGGUAAUGGCAUCACACUGGAAGGGGCAGUCCCAUCUGAGCAAGACAGUCAGCCAAAGCCAGCCAAGAGAGCACGGACGUCCUUCACAGCAGAGCAGUUGCAGGUCAUGCAAGCACAGUUUGCUCAGGAUAACAACCCAGAUGCUCAGACCCUUCAGAAGCUGGCAGACAUGACAGGUUUGAGCAGGAGAGUUAUUCAGGUUUGGUUUCAGAACUGCAGAGCACGGCAUAAAAAGCAUACGCCUCAACACACGGUGCCCCCUUCUGGAGCCUCCCAGUCCCGCAUCCCUUCAGCGCUGUCUGACGAUAUCCACUAUUCCCCCUUCAGCAGUCCUGAGAGGGCCAGGAUGGUGACGCUCCACAGCUACAUAGAAAGUCAGGUACAGUGUGGACAAAUGCACUGCCGGCUUCCUUACGCUGCCCCGCCUGUGCACCUCAAAGCUGACAUGGAAGGACCUCUAUCAAGUAGGGGGGAGAAGGUCAUCCUCUUCCAGUACUGA